AUGCAGUCAGACGCCAAGAUCCGCACUGAGUACGGAACAGAUUCCAGUCCUCAGAGUCCCGGCUGUAGCCUCCGGCACUUUGCUUGUGAACAGAACCUGCUGUCCCGGCCGGAUGGCUCUGCCUCGUUCCUGCAAGGGGAUACCUCUGUCCUGGCAGGCGUGUACGGACCAGCUGAGGUGAAGGUCAGCAAAGAGAUCUUCAACAAGGCCACACUGGAAGUUAUCCUGAGGCCGAAGAUCGGGCUGCCUGGUGUAGCAGAGAAGAGCCGGGAGCGGCUGAUCAGGAACACGUGUGAAGCGGUGGUGCUGGGGGCACUGCACCCCCGCACCUCCAUCACCAUCGUGCUGCAGGUCAUCAGCGAUGCUGGCUCUCUCAUGGCCUGUUGCCUGAACGCCACCUGCAUGGCAUUGGUCGACGCAGGCGUGCCAAUGCAAGCCCUCUUCUGUGGGGUCACCUGUGCCCUGGACUCUGACGGGACUCUCGUGCUGGACCCCACAGCCAAGCAAGAAAAGGAGGCCCGGGCAGUCCUGACAUUUGCACUCGACAGUGUGGACCAGAAGCUGCUCAUGUCCACCACCAAGGGGCUCUACUCCAAUGCUGAGCUCCAGCAGUGCCUGGCUGCAGCCCAAGCUGCCUCACAGCACGUCUUCCGCUUCUACCGGGAAUCGCUGCAGAGGCGUUACUCCAAGAGCUGA